UUACAACUAAAAGAAGACCUGCCCCACGUUUAAUCAUGCUUUUAAAUGAUGGAAUAUGCUGAUUUUAAAAGUUGACCAGGGAUUUCUAGUUGUGGGGUGUUUGCGAGGCAUGGCUUUCCUUUUAACUUGCUUGUUUCUGUCUUGUGCGAGCAGUGUUUGGGGAAAUCAGCACGGUGAUACCAAUAUCUAUUUGGAUAACAUCACGCGCAUAUUGGAUAGAUUACUGGAUGGCUAUGACAACAGGCUGCGACCUGGAUUUGGAGGUCCAGUUACAGAGGUCAAAACUGACAUCUUUGUCACCAGCUUUGGACCUGUUUCAGAUGUUGAGAUGGAAUACACCAUGGACGUGUUCUUUCGUCAGACAUGGAUUGACGAACGGCUAAAAUUCGAAGGCCCCAUCGAGAUCCUGCGGCUCAACAACCUGAUGGUCAGCAAGAUAUGGACGCCGGACACCUUUUUCCGGAAUGGCAAGAGGUCGAUCUCUCACAACAUGACCACCCCCAACAAGCUGUUCCGCAUCAUGCAGAACGGAACUAUCCUCUACACCAUGAGAUUAACUAUAAAUGCAGAGUGUCCCAUGCGUCUGAUGAACUUCCCGAUGGACGGCCAUGCCUGCCCGCUCAAGUUUGGGAGUUAUGCUUACCCCAUCAGCGAGAUUGUGUACACUUGGAAGAAGGGUCCUCUGUCCUCUGUGGAGGUACCACAGGAAUCAUCCAGUUUGCUGCAGUACGACCUCAUCGGUCAGACAGUGUCAAGCGAGAGGCUGAAGUCCAACACAGGUGAAUAUGUCAUCAUGACAGUCCACUUCCACCUGCAAAGGAAAAUGGGCUUCUUCCUGAUUCAGACUUACAUUCCCUGUAUUAUGACUGUCAUCCUGGCCCAAGUCUCUUUCUGGAUUAAUAAGGAAUCAGUUCCAGCUCGGACUGUGUUUGGUAUCACCACUGUCUUGACUAUGACAACACUCAGUAUCAGCGCUCGCCACUCCCUCCCCAAAGUUUCUUACGCCACAGCCAUGGAUUGGUUCAUCGCCGUUUGCUUUGCCUUUGUCUUCUCCGCUCUGAUUGAGUUUGCAGCCGUCAACUACUUCUCCACUCUGCAGGCCAACCGGGAGCUGAGGAAGGCAGCAGCCAUGAAAGUGGCAGCCCAGGAGACAGGUGAGAUGGAAACACAGCCAGUUGAUGCCAGUAGUGUGCUAAAGAAGAGGAUGAACUCUGCCCCGCUGUUUGACCGUCCUGCCAAAACAUUUCCCAACCCACCUGUCAAUGCCCAAGCCUUCCUGCAGCAGGGUUCAGCUGUACCGGCCAACAACGUUCUGACUGGCACCAGCAUCAUCGACAAAUACUCCCGCAUCCUCUUCCCACUUUCAUUUGGCGCCUUCAACCUUGUCUACUGGAUCGUCUAUCUCACUAAGGACACGAUGGAGAUGUCCAGGUGA